UAAACAAAUGGAAAUGGAGGGAAAUGGUGAACGAGAAAGAAAUAGAAAAGGUCGUUUCAAGAAAGCCUCAGCUACCACUACUAAAAACGUUAGUACGUGUACCGACGAGAACAAUAAUAAUCCUGAGUUCAGUGAUGUGAACAAUGAAGAUCCACCCGAACAAACAGAAGAAAACGAUGAAAUUGACGAGACAUUCAAUGUGUUUGAUGGACGAAGAGUUGUUGAAUUUUCUGUUCUAGUAGAUCAUUUGCAAAGAGGGUGCUAUCUUUGCCAUACAUCUUUGGACCUUGUUGACUGUGAAAAGGAGAGACGUUAUGGGCUUGCUAGCUUACUGUAUGUAAGAUGCAGGAUAUGCGACGAGGUGACGAUCAUUCCAACUGGUAAACGACACAAUAUAGGUCAGAAUGGUCAAGGUCCUUUUGAUAUCAACACCAAACUCGCUGUUGCUUUAACCUAUGCAGGCAUUGGAGAAUCUGUGGUUUCAAAGAUUUUUUCGACGCUCAACAUACCAAUUCUUACUCCAAGAAAUUUGAAGAAGAGAGAGCGCGAGACUGUCCCUGCACUAGAGACACUGGCAAGAAAUUCCUGUGAUGAAGCCUUACAACUAGAAGUGCAUCAAUCAAGUGAAAGUGGACUGGUGCUUUCUUAUGACGCUGGAUGGCAAAAGCGAGGAAGUGGUAGAAACUACAACAGUCUGUCAGGACAUGCAUUAAUGAUUGGCAGCAAAACUGGCAAAGUAGUUGGAUACAGCGUCAUGUCAAAAACAUGCCGAACCUGUGAUUCUAACAAAAGGAGAACCUGUGAAAAAGAUCAUGACUGCAGGUCAGUGCAGGAGAAAUUGGUCUGGAAGUUCAAAGUCAAUGGAACCAGCAAUGGCAGCCAACAUCAUAAGAAAUAUUGAAAGUAAGGGACAUAAAGUUAGAACUUUGGUUAUGGAUGAUGAUACCAGUACUAUUUGCAAAAUAAGAUCAGAAGUAAAUCCAGAGAUAGAGAAGUGCAGUGAUAAGAACCACACUUUCAAGAACUUUACAAACCAUCUGUUUACACUACAGAAAGAAAAAUACAAGAGAAUCCUGAGUACCAAGGUUAUAAACCAUAUAAAGAAAUGUUUUUCAUAUGCUGUUUCAUCCAACAGAGAAGAUCCACAGUCACUUCGAUCCAACUUGAUUGCCAUACCGCACCAUUUAUUCGGUGAUCAUUCUCAGUGUAAUUCAACAUGGUGUCGUUAUUUACAGAACAG